AUGGAAAUCGACGAAAAGGAAGAAACUGUUGAUUCUAGGUCUGAAGAAAUCCCCGAUUUAAAUUUGUUCCCACUAAAAAAACGAAAAGUUGCAGAGAAAUAUGAAAGGGAAAAUGACAAAUACAAAGAAUUUUAUAAAUAUACACUUGACGAACGGUUAGAAUUAUCGAAAGUGAACGAUAAAAUAAAACAUAUAAUUUGCAAUGUUUUGAAAUUGCCGUCGGUUGAAAACAAUGACAAACGCGCUGAAUUCUUUAUCAGCGAGAUGUAUAAAAGACGUAUGCGAUCGAGUACAAUAAUGCGGUACUACAAUCAACUUAAGCGUGUAAGAUUUUUUGAGAAAUCAGCUAUAAAGCCAAAUCAGCGGGUUUUCGACUCCCAAAAGCCACCACAAGAACGUGUUCCAUCCAGCAGCAAUAUCUCGAAAAUGUUGCAGUGGUGUAACGACAACAAACAUGAAAACAAACGAGCAUACGUAAUAUUAUUUGCCUAUUACUCAGGCUUGCGGUCAGCUGAAAUUUGUAAGCUAUCGGUCCAAAAUUUAGAUGAACUGGACAAGCGAUCUCCAGUUUUACAACUUAAAUGUAAGACAUCAGAAUGUUGGUCAGUGCCAUGGAACGCUGUGUUGGAAGAAUUCGUCAAUGAAUUGGUAGAGGUUUAUGCUGAUAAAUUAAAAAACUAUAGAAAAACGGGUGUUAGUGAAAGUUUAUUCGAUAUGUCACCCCGCGUGUUAUCUAACACAAUUCGCAGUUUUUACAUGACCGCUGUUGGUGAAGUUCCACCAGAUGGCUUUGGCGUUCACGUCAUGCGAUAUAUAAUUGGAACGAAACUCGCACAGGAAAAUGAUUUGGCUGCUGCACAGUAUUUUCUGGGGCACGGAGAUAUACAAACAACCAAGCGAUAUGUACGCUAUGAUUUGCAACAAUUGAAUAAAAAAUUGGAAAAAGUUAUAGAAACAGAUGAGUUUUAUAAGGGUUUAUUAGCGCUUCUAUGA